AUGGGCAGGCUAUCCUCCUUUUCAAGAGAUAUCAAAAGCUCUACAAGAAAGUUUUCUUUCCUAAGUCACCAAAACACGAAGCAUAAUACAGAUGACCAAAUAAAAUGCUACACUCCUCCUCAAACUCCUCCCCAGUCUCUGCCAAUAAUUCCAACACCCUCACUUUCAAGCUCCACUUCGCAAAGAGACGUUUCUCAUUCUAGUCUUCUUUCCAAGUCUAAACUCUACAAUAAAAUCAAAAAGAGAAGAGAGCUGGCAGCACUGGUAUCAACCACGGCGACGAGUGUCGCGAGCAUGAAUAGCGGCACAUCUAUGAAACGCAAAUCCAACGCGAACGAAUAUCAAGAGAAAAAGACUACAACACCAUUCACAACCACACAGCAAUACGAUAACCAGAAAGAUAAGUACGAAUAUUAUUGUCAGCUUGGGGAACUAGCGAAGUGCACAGGAGAGUUGAUUAAGCAUCUCAACCAAACUAGCUACAAACACGAAUUGGUGCUACUCAUGGAUUUUAUCAAAGCUGUGGUAUUCAAAUUUAUUCUUAUUGAUGUGUCUCAUAUGAUCAUCGACUAUGGGCACAUUCGGAUGUAUGGACCUCAGACACUACAAUAG